AUGAACUUUUUGCAACUGGCUCUUUUUCAAAAUCCCAUUUCCACUGCUGACUUGCUUCCCUCGUCGGUUUCCACUCUGCUCGACAACUCGGUUGGCAACAUCUUGAGAAACUACAACAUCGAAGAUGUUGAAGCCAAUUUGAGCUCAAUCAAGUCUCUAAAAUUGUUGGUUUUAUGUGAUGAAAAGCAGAAGUACAAUCUAUUGAACUCCCCCCAAAACCUAUCCCUUCUCCUAAACCACUUGCUAUUGACCUACCGCCCCUCUUGCGAUAACAACAGCUUGAUUCAAUUGCAAUCUGAUAUCCUAAUAAUCCUCAACUCUUGUCUUGAUUCCGUUAGUCUAUCCAACAUUGACAAUCUAAUUAACUAUACACACAAUAAUAAUGAUCUAUUUCAAAUUUUCUUAACAACUUUCAAUAGUAUUGAUUCCACUUUAUCAACCGAAAACAUUCACCUUUAUUUCAAUCUAUUGUCUAUUUUAUUCAAAAAUCUAUCAAGUUUAUUAUUAUUGAAUUCCUCUUUUAUAAAUGCUGAUGGUAAUAACGCGUUAAAUUCAAUUAUCAUCAAAUUACUAAAUUACGAUAUUAUUAAUAAUAACGAUAAUUAUAACAAAUACAUAAAUAGAAAUUUUAAUUACAACAACCUAUUAUCAAAUUUAUCGAUUUUUUUAUUAUCUUUACCUUCAAUCGAUUUUUCUUUCAAUUUAUUAAAUUUAUCUCAAAUAUACCCUCAUUUAAUCAACAAAAUUGUUACUUUGUCCAAACCAAUUUUAAAUUUUAAAAACAAAUACUAUUAUCCUUAUAAUAAUUAUACUCAUGAUGAUAAUGAUAAUGAUGAUAAUGAUAAAUUCAACUUUUCGUUGAAUCAAACAUAUACUGUGCCCUUAUCUUUAAUCCAAACCUCAUUACCAAACUUGUUAUUUGCAACUGCAAAAUUAUCCUCUUAUAGUAUAAACAAAAACAAAAAUAUCAAUGACUAUAGUGAGAACCAUAAUAACACCAUCAACAGUAAUAUCAUUACUAUUGAUCAUAACGUUAAGUUAUCAACUUCCUUUUAUCGAUUUUUAUUUUCUUUAUUAAAAUCUUCAAAUUUAAAUCUAAAAUUAAGUUCCUUAAAUUUUUUAUUAUACCAUUCUUUAAAUAUUUUAAAUAAUAGUAAUUAUGACAUGUCCAAUAAUAAAGCCACUCAAAAUACUACCACCACCACCACUACUACUACUACCAAUAAUACUGACUUGGAUUUUUAUUUCAACAUUAUCUUAAAAUUACUACCUGAUUUAAAUUAUUUAUUCGACCUAUCAAACAAAAAACUUAAUAACUCGCUACUAAACCAAUUCAAUUCUAUCAAUAUAUUAGCUUCUUUAUGUUCUUUUAACAAUAAUAUCAAUAAAAAUAAAAACAUUAAAACCAUUAAAAAUAAUACCUAUAUAAACAAUAAUAACAACAUCAUCGAUGAUACUAACACUAAUACUAACAACAUUAAAUUUAAAAAAUUAUUGUUUGAAAUUUUAAAUAAUCAUAAUAUUUUACAAAAAAUUUCAAACCAUUUAUUACUAUUAUUCAAAAAUAUUAUAUCAACCUCAAAUUUGAAAUUAAAUCAAAAUUUUAAUCAAAAUUUUAAUAAAAAAAAUAACUUGUUCAAAUUUAAUUUAUUUUUAAAGCAUUCAAAUUUGAAAAAUUUAAAUCAAUUAAUUAACUGUUUUAUUAUCUUAACUUCUUUUAUAUCAAUUGAUGAUUCAUAUCAAACUCAAAUUCUAGAUUACUUGUUUUUUAAAAUUAAAGAAUACUCUUUAGUUCAAUUUCAAAAGUUUAAUUUCAAUUUUAAUAACAAUGAAAAAAAUAAUCUAAAAAUAAAGAAUAAACUAAAAAAUAAACUUGAAAAACCAAUUUAUAUUAAGAAUGAUUUAAAUUUUAUUUUUUUAAAUAUUUUCUCUUUGCAAUUAGAUACUUUAGAAAAUUUAUUACAUUAUCAAAAUCAAAUUAAUUCAAAUCUCGGUUCAAAUCCAAAUGCAAAUCCUUUUAAUUUAUUAAUUUACAUUUCAAAAAAUCUUAAUAAAAAAUUACUAAAUUUAUUAAAAUUAAAUGAGAUUUCAAUAAUUUUCAUCAAAUCAAUAUCAAAAAAUAAACCAUUGCUAAAAACUUACUUUAUGAAACAUUUAGAUCAAAAUAUUAUUAAAAUUUUAUUUAACAUAUUUAAAUUUCCACUUGACGAAUUUUUAUGUAAUUUAGAUAAAAAUUCGAAAAAUGAUAACGAAAUUAUUUUUUCUUUAAAUACUAAUAAUUCCAAGGAUUAUGUCUCACUCAAUUUUAAUUUUAUAUUAAAGAAUUUCAAAAUUUUUAUAAACUACUUAUUCAAAUUGAAAAAUUUAAUCUUACAAUUUUUUGCAAAUUUAUGCAUUGAAUUUUCACCAUUAAGAUCUUUAUUAAAAGAUCUAGGUUUAAUUGAAAACAUUGCGAGCAUUAUUAAUAAUUUUAAUUACGAAAUCUAUUUAAAUGAGAAUUUAAAUCUUAAUAAUAAUAAUUUUGAGAAAAAUUUGAUCAAAUCAAAUGAUAAUAAAACAGAAAUUAAAAUUGAUAUUAUUAGAGAUUUUCUUGAUUAUAAUGAGAUUUUCAAGUUAAACAACAUUUCUUUAAUUGUAUUGAAAAAUCUAAUUUAUAGCAGUAAGUUAGAAUUUAAGGUCCAGUUAUUAAGAAAGAACAUAGGAUUCAAAAAUUUAUUAAAAAUUUGUUUAUUUGAUGAAAACGAAUUUGCUGGUGUUAUUGAUAGUAAUAGUAGUAGUAGUAGUAGUAAUAAUAAUAAUAAUAAUAAUAAUAAUAAUAAUAAUAAUAAUAAUAAUAAUAAUAAUAAUAAUAAUAAUAAUAAUAAUAAUAAUAAUAAUAAUAAAAGGAAAAAUAAGUUAUUGACUUUACAAAAGCAGUCAUUUUCAGUUAUUAGAAAUUUUGUGUCAAAUACACAAAUUGUUUCAUUGAAUUUAAUUAAAAGUUACAAUAAAGAGUUUAAUAAAUUUAAUUUAGAAUUUAUGGGGAAAUAUGGUAGUUUUAUUAUUGAUGAAUUUAUUUUAAAUAAAUUUAGUUAUAAGCAUAACAAGUUUACUGAUAAUGUUUUUCAUGGUAACAAUGAUAACCAUUUAAAUAAUUACAAUGAAAACAAUUUUUUUUAUUUUAUAUCGUUUAAAUUAUUUUCUUAUAAUAUUAUUGAGAAUUGUGAAAUUAUUGAGAAUAUUGUUUAUUUAUUAGUUAACUUAUCGACAAUCAACAAUUCAUUUAGGAACUUGAUUGUGAAAAAUGGAUUUUUAAUGAGGCAAAUUAGGUUUUUAUUAAAUCUAAAAUUAGAUAAAGUUGAAAGUCCUGAUAAUAAGACCAUGGGUAUUGUUGCGCCCAAUGAUAUGGCCAAGGAUAGAGGUAAAACUCAUAAGCCGAAUAAAAAACUUAACGUUGACUCAACUGGUAAAUUUGUCUCUAAUUUGAGUUUAAAUUUGAAGCUGAAAACAAAAGAAAAUAGUGAUAGUUCUUAUUAUAAUAGCGGGAUUAAUGAUGAUGACGAGGAAGAUAAGACUCAAAUUUAUGAAAUUGUGGAAGAUUUCAAAAAGUAUUUAAAAAACAAUUUGAUAAAUAGAAAACUCAAAAUGGAUAAAGUCAACCUCAAUUCCACAAAAGAUUUGUUCAAGGUAUAUGAGAAAUUUGAGAAAGGGAUCAUUGAAAAUGAGUUAGUUUCAAAUUAUAUCAAAAUUAAGACUGGGUGUAUUUGGUUGAUUACAAAUCUAAUUGAGAGUGAGUAUGAUGUUGAGCAUUCUCAAUUAAUUGCAUCCAAUGGUUUUAAUGUUAAUAGUUCCAGCAAUGCUAGCAUUGGUGAGAAUAAUGUGACUCCGAAUGUGGGUGUAAAUCCAAAUGUGAAUGUGAAUGUGAAUGUGAAUGAUGUUAAGGACCAGGAUGGAGACAUUGAUAUAGAGAAAACCGGAAGUGAAAAGGACAGUAGGAGCAGGAGUCAAAGUGGAAAUAUAAUUAGAAAUCGUUUGGCGGAAAACAAAAGCGUUGAUGAGAAAUUUAACUUCAACUUGGGCAAUCUCCCAGCAAACGAUGUGGAUGUGUCGAGCGUUGCAGCCUCAUUAUUGGUGCUAAACAGCAGCAACGGAACCAGCAGCAGUUUUGGUCAUCAAAACGGCUUGGGCAGCUUUAAUUUUGACAGAUAUGACAGGGACACGAGAGAGAGGAUAGUGAAGAUUCGGCAGUUGGGGUUUGAGAGCAGUCUCAAAAACAACGAGACCAACAGGAUCUGCGACUUGAGCAAGCGAGCAGAAAAUGCUUUGGGUAAGUUACGUCUCCUCUGA